UCUCAGCUCUGUUGCUGCUGCUUAAUGCUAAGGAUGCUUUGACAAGAAGACAAAAGGAAAGCAAGCAAAAGAUAGAAAAGAAACAAACUUAUAACAGAAAACACAACCCAGAAAAAAGAAAAAAAAAAAAAAACCAAAUGGAAGGUGAUCUUUGUGAUUUUGUUUUCCAUGAUAGUAGCCAUAUUUUCGACAAUGUUAAUUUGGGUUCAGGAGGUUCAUCUUUAGUCUGUAAUAGCCAGGCUCAAGAUGAUUUCUCUAUGUUUCUUCAUCAGAUUAUGUACCGUUCACCAUCCACAAACACUUCUUCUUGUGUUAUGGCUGACGCUGGCGUGUACACACUGGAGAAUAUUUCUCAGCCUUUGAUCACUUCUUCACAAGGGUUUUUUACCGGUGAUCCGGUGAAUAUGUUUACCGAUGCUGAUUUUUUAUCGGGGAAUGUGAAAAAAGUCAGUGGAGUUACCGUGCCGUCUUCAAGCGCUGGAGUUGCCGAGAGCGAAAUGGUUAAUGAGCCCGACGGUGAAAGUGAGGGUAUUGAAGCUUUGGCUCAUCAUGCUCCACCAAAGCCACUUACUUCUCGUUGUUCAAAGAGAACAAGAGCUGCAGAGGUGCACAAUUUAUCGGAAAAGAGAAGGAGGAGCAGGAUUAAUGAGAAAAUGAAAGCUUUGCAGAACUUAAUUCCAAACUCUAACAAGACAGACAAGGCAUCAAUGCUUGAUGAAGCAAUUGAAUACCUCAAGCAGCUUCAGGUCCAGGUGCAGGUAUUAACACUGAAAAAUGGAUUUACCUUAAAUCCCAUGGCCUUCCCUGCAUUGGUGCAGCAUUUCGAACUCUCUGAAGUGAGAAUGGAUUUUAGCCAGGAAAAUGGAUCUCAAAUGAACUCAACAGGCACGCUUACUCUGAACCAACAAACUCCAUCAGAGAACAUCUUCAGUCUACCGAAGCAUUUCAGUGCCUUGAAUCAGCUACAUCUUCCCAAUAUAUCAACUAUGAUCAAUUCAGAAACCACAUUUGGUUUGGAUUCAUCAAUCAUUCAUACUCACUUCGAACCCUUCCAUCGCAGCACCUCAUGUGCGGUGAAGGUAACAGGCAGGCAAGACACGUUGCACCAUCAACAGCUAAAUGUGAACCAUUCUGAGACAAAUACAUCAGAAUUUGGAAUUGGAAGCACAUCUAUAGCUUUGCUUCCAUUUAAUACACAAGCUUCUGCUGCAAAGAACAGCGGCUCUUUAGAAGCAUGCAUGAUGGGUAGAGACCAGGCUGAAGGUGUGCACUCGAAAAAUAAUGAGUGCAAUCUGAUACUUUCCCCCCAACUGAAUGGCAUGCAAACUGGAAGGAACGUCCAGGGUGAUGAUAUCAAGCUUGACGGGAAGGAUUUCUGAAGUUUACUUGACCACUUACUUAACCUAUUGGACUUAAUGCAGCACUGCUGCUGUAGUUAACUGCCAGUUUUAGUGUUUCUUUAAAUCACUCUCGAAGCCUUGAGUGUGAAGGUGGUAUUUUGGACUUGCUUCUAACUAGCUCUAGUGAGCAAAAUUUGUCACAAUCAAGUCUGUAUUUGCUCAUUUUGUUAUUCUCUUUCGAAGGCUUGAACUUAUCUAAUGGUUUUUAUCGUGUAAUAUUACUACUAGUGCUAAUAUUAUUUAAUAUGUGUCGGGGACGC